AUGGUUCAGGUCCUGAGAGAAGUAGGAAAAAAUGUUGUUGAUGUAAUUAUCUCCUCAGAUGGAUCAUGGAAAGCUGACCUGGAAAGUGAUGACAACAUGAAUCAGGCACAUGAUAAGAUCCUCAGUGGUGAGAACGAAGGCUUGGAGCAGCAAGAUCCUCCUGGUGUCCAGAAUUCAUGUUCUAAUGUUAUAGAUCUCACAGAGGCAGACAACGAGAUUGAUGCAAUGAUCUAUGAUGAAACUGAAGAUAGAAAACCUAUCCUCACUGAUUUACAAAGUCAACCUGUUCCUACCAAUAUAACUAGGCCAUCAGAGUUGAACAAUACUGUUGGAGUUAAUCAAAAUGUCGUUUCCCAAAGAGAGGAUGACUUCUGGACUGGAAUUUUAUAUAGUGUUGGUGGCAUUUCUGUGCCUGCUACUGCCAAUUUUAUGAUGUCUCCUCUGUUACCUGAUGCUAUUUCUCCUGUAAUAACUGAUGCUAUAUCUCACGCACUUAAUCAGGAAACAGAGGCUCUGGGCUACAAUAAUCUGACAACUCCUGUAAUUCAAAGCCAAGAUUCUGCUCCAAAUGAUAUGCAGUUACAACAGUCACAGUUUGUGAACAACCAUGAAUAUGGGAGGUUGUCACCAAGCAGAAAUAUAAACCGAACUCCAAUAGCAAUUCAGGCUCUCCCAGCUCAAUCCCUGACACCAUCUCCACAACAAAGAUCAGGAACUAAUUUUAAUUUUGUUACCCCAAAUGGAUCUUCCCUUGCUUCUCAGCGUACCCUAUCUGUUGGACACAGUUAUAGCAGCUCUUCCCUUGUUUCUCAGACUGCCCCGUGUGUCAGAAAUGGUUAUAGUGAUAUGGAGCAACAGCAGCAGUUCUCUAGAUCCCCAAUAAAUUCAGUUUUGGGGCCAGAUAUAGAUUCAUCUUCAUUGCUGCAUCAGUCUGCAGCAAAGGUUGUUGGCCUUCCAGCUCUGCGUCUAUCUACAGGUGCUUACCAAGCCUCUUCUGGUCUUCCAACUGAAAACCAGAGUUUACACCAGCAGCAAACUCCGAACAUGAGGAUGUCUCAAUCCAUGAGUCAAUCCCCCAGGAUGACCCAAUUGCCAUCACCUCUUUCUAGAACUCCAACUCAGCAAGGGAGUGCCCCAGGAGGGGUUGGCCAUAUAGCAGGUAAUGGGAGUACCCAACGUGCCAGGGGUAUGGUUUCUGCUCCUGUAGCUGGUAGAAUUUCAAACCAGAUGACUAGACAGCCACCAACUGUGCCAGUUCAAGUUCAAACAUCCAGAAAUGGGCCUACAAAUCAAGUCAAUGCAGAGGGUGCUAGGGCAUCAGUAGGUGAGCAAAGAGUGAACACUGGAGGACUGUUGCAACAAGUUAGAGCUGAGAAUUUAGCAGAGUCUCCUUCAGAGCAAAAUUGGCAGCCCACAGGUCGAAUGCGAGGAAGCCUCUCUGGUCGGGCAUAUUCUGCUGCUCUUAGCCAGCUAAUGAUCCAGCCAACCCAACCAACUCAAGUAGCAAGAUCACUUUCCAAUCCAACUUCCCUGUCUACUGCUCCACCCCACCUGCAACGGUCUUCCCUGUCUACUACUCCGCCACACCUGCGAGGGUCAUCCCUUUCUACUGCUCGACCACACCUGCAAGGGUCUUCCCUGUCUACUGCUCCGCCACACCUGCAAAAGUCUUCCCUGUCUACUGCUCUGCCUCACUUGCAAGGAUAUCUUUCAAAUAGUAGGAAAGCCCAUAUUCCUCAAGUACAAAAUAAUCCAAAUACUGAAACUGAUCUGGGGAAGAAUUAA